AUGGAAGAACAAGACACUGUCGACCAGCCUCUUUUAGCUCAUAGUCCCGAUAAUACUGAAGAUUCUACCAGUGAACGCCAUGGAGCAGCUGUCAACACCGCAGGGGGCGUUUUCGUCUGGGCUCUGACCUUCUCUGCUGGUAUCAGUGGCCUCCUUUUUGGCUAUGAUACUGGUGUUAUUUCCGCAACCCUUGUCUCCAUAAAAGCGGAUCUAUCUGGAGAGAUCUUGACUACUAUGCAAAAGAGCAUUAUUACCUCCUGUACUAGUUUUUUUGCUCUGCUUGCUAGUCCAUUGGCAGGGAUUUUUGCAGAUAAGGUUGGACGAAAGAACAUUAUUCUUGUGGCUGAUGUUUUAUUUACAAUUGGGGCUCUUGUCCAAGGUCUGACAACUACCGUGGGGGGUAUGGUUGUAGGGCGAAGUAUUGUUGGGUUAGCUGUGGGAGCUGCAAGCAUGGUAUCACCUCUAUAUAUAUCAGAACUAGCUCCAUCGCAGUUGCGUGGUAGGCUAGUGACGAUUUUGAGUCUCUUCAUAACUGGAGGUCAAGUCGUUGCAUACAUCAUUGGCUGGCUAUUCUCAUCAAUGGAUGGUGGGUGGCGUUGGAUUGUUGGAUUAGGUGCAAUCCCGGCUCUGAUGCAGCUCGCUAUAUUGAUAUUCCUUCCAGAAUCACCAAGAUGGCUAGUUCAAGCUGGUCGCAGUGCUGAAGCAAAGACAGUCCUUUGCAGGAUUUUUGGCUCAGACCCGCGGAAUGAUCUCCAGGCAACUCAAGUACUCAGGGCAAUUGAAGACGAUAUUUCUGAAGAAGUAACUGAGCUUGACAGCAAUAAAACUAGCAGCUAUGAAAGAGCUGUACGAACCUUGGUCGAACUCUGCAGGAUCGGUGGUAACCGACGGGCCUUGAUUAUUGCCAUGAUGCUUCAAGGUCUCCAACAACUCUGCGGUUUCAAUAGCCUGAUGUAUUUUUCGGCCACUAUUUUCCAGUCUCUGUCAUUUUCCUCACCAACCCUGACUUCGUUGACGGUUGCUGGAACCAAUUUUCUCUUCACAUUACUUGCUUUCUCGUUGAUUGACUAUAUAGGCCGGCGCCGUAUUCUUCUAUUCUCGAUUCCAUUCAUGAUCCUCGCGUUAAUAGGGUGCUCUUUUGCCUUUUCUCGACUAGAUUCAACACACUUUCUUUCAUUCUCUGGGCGAGACUCUGGUGCUUCUUCUGCUCCGCUUUUCGUUCUGCUUUUUAUAACCCUGUACACAGCUGCAUAUGCAGUAGGCCUGGGAAAUGUCCCCUGGCAACAGUCAGAAUUGUUCCCUCUGUCCGUUCGCUCUUUCGGAUCGGCUCUGGCGACAGCAACGAAUUGGGGCUCUAAUUUCAUUGUCGGCCUUACAUUCCUUUCUAUGAUGGAAAAACUCUCCCCCGAGUGGACUUUCAUCGUCUAUGCACUGGUCUGCACUGCUGGUUUGGUCACUGUAUGGUAUAUUUACCCAGAGAUGAGUGGUAUGGACCUGGAGGAAGUCAAAGAUCUCUUGAGUGAGGGAUGGGGUGUCGAAGAAAGCCUGAAAAGACAUCAUUCGAGGACAAGAUGA